AUGGAAGAGUUAGAUGAGCUACGCAACAAGGCGUACGAGAAUGCGAGGAUCUACAAGGAUAAAGUGAAGCGACUACAUGACCGCCGCAUUUGCCACAAGAAGCUUUGCCAUGGAAUGAAGGUGCUCUUGUUCAAUUCUCGACUUAAGUUAUUUCCGGGAAAGCUGAAAUCUAGGUGGAGUGGUCCGUUUUUACUUAAGGAGGUGUUUGAGCAUGGUGCCGUUGAACUAUUCAAUGAAAACACGAAUGAGAGCUUCAGAGUGAACAGCCACCGAGUGAAGCCAUAUUACGAGCACCAGAGCUCGUCCAUGGUGGUGGAGUCUCACACUCUGCACGAUCCUCAUUGA